AACCCUUACCCACCAGCUCGUGCUUUCCUUGGCCUUCACUUCUGUAAGGUUCUGUGCUCGUCUGCUGGACCGACAUGAGGAUGCUCAGGGAGCUCCAAGAAGUUGGUGUCCUUCAGCUUCAGACAGCUCAACGCAGCUCACUGUCACGUGCCCACCAAUUCGUCAAUGAGUGGGAGCUUAAGGGCAUGGUGGUGGCCAGCUUCUCCCUGCAAGUCUUCCUCCUCUUCUUCUCCGGCUUCCGCAAGCGCUACUCUUCCCGAGUACUCAGCGUGCUGCUGUGGCUCGCCUACCUAUCGGCCGACUCCCUCGCCGUCUACAUCCUCGGCCGCCUCACCCUCCGCGGCGGCAGCGGCAACAGCCACCUGGCCCUCUUCUGGGCGCCAUUCCUGCUGCUCCAUCUCGGCGGGCAAGAGACCAUGACAGCCUUCUCCAUGGAGGACAACGCGCUGUGGAAGCGCCACCUUCUCAGCCUCGUCACCCAGGUGCCCAUGGCCACCUACGUCGUCAGCAAGCAGCUCAGCGGAGACAAUGAUGCCGACCAGUGGCUCCUGGCGCCCAUGGUGCUCGUGUUCGUUGCCGGGACGGGGAAGUACGCCGAAAGGAUCUGGGCACUCAGGAGAGCUGGCUCAGUGGCGCCUGGAACGAGCCGCUCUACCUCAAAACUCGUUUCCCGUGCGUCCAACGAUGCUGUCUGGGACACGCAGGGGUUCUACGGUCAGCUGUGCUUUGUGGUUUCCAAGAAGCAGGAGAGGAAUUUCGAGGUCAUCCUGGAUGUGGCAGCUCAGGCCUUCAAACUGAGCCUCCACUUUCUCAUGGACAUGACCCCUUCAAUCUCUCUGCUUCCUGAAGAUACCAAGGACAUCAAGCAGGCCGUAGAGGUGUUCCAAUCUUCAGAGGACAGAGUCCACAUGGCGUACAAGCUGGCUGAGAUCAACCUCUCCUUGAUCUAUGACUACUUGUACACAAAGUUUGGCACGCGCCAUUUCCACAUGCUCCCAUUCUGUAACGUCUUCCACCGGAUCGUCGCUCUUGCGCUGCCAUCGGUGGCGCUUGGGUUGUUCAUGAGGGGAAUGAUGACCGGUGGUCGAAAGGGGCAUGUCCAUGACACAGAUGACGUCAUCAUAUGUUACGUGCUGCUUGCCGGUGCCGUCGUAUUGGAGACAUGCUCAAUCUUCAUGUCAUUUAUCUCUUCAUGCUGGGCAUACAAGACCAUCAUUUCAUGUUCGCUAACGUGCCCGCUGUGCCGAGAUAUUCCCGGUGCAAUCGCAGGGCUGCUCUGGUUAGCCAGGCGUCUCCAUCCAGGAAACAAAGGAGAGUGGUCGGCGAAAAUGGCACAGUACAACAUGAUCCGAGGAUGCAUCAAGGAGAAACAAGAAACUGGAUUGUUGCGGCGGGCCAUGCGUUGGGUUGGUAUCAUCGGUGAGCCCCGGGCCAUCACACAUAUCAGCGUCUCUCAUGAGCUCCUCAUCCUUGAUAAAUUGCUGGACAUAGCGGCCACCCCACGCGUCCAAGAAUGGGACAUUGGCGUUGGCAAGUUCCGUGGCCAGUGGGCGCAAUGGGUGGUUGAGACGAAGCAAGACCGGGCAAAUCAUGAUCAGGUGUUGCAGAUCUGUAACAUCCAAGGUUUGGAGUUUGUGUCGAGUGUGCUUCUCUGGCACAUUGUGACGGACAUAUGCUUGCUCGCCACCGAUGACGAUGUUGCCGUAGAGGGCGGUGAUUCUUCCUCCCACGACGAGGAGCACUUAGAAGACGGCGGUUCAUCUCACCAUGAGGAUGUACAGGGCAGCUUGUCGGAGCUAAGAGGCCCUAUCAGAGAGCUGUCAGACUAUGUCAUGUACCUCGUUGCAGAAUGCGGCACCAUGGCCGGCAGUGAAGGUCAUUACGUGGUGACUAAGGGCCAAAAAGAGGUAUCACGCUGGCUGCUUGAGAAGCACGGAGGAGGAUCUGAUGAUUGGAGGAAGGUGAUCGAGAAGAUUCGUGACGAGGACAGCUCCUUCUUCCACGAAAACUACUACCCCGUGCUGGAUCGAGCUCGCCGGGUCGCCUCGGACCUGCUUAAGGUUGAAGAAGCGGGCGAUCGUUGGGAGCUCAUCUCCGUGGUGUGGCUGGAGAUGCUUUGUUACAUUGCGUACAACUGUGGGGCUGCGUUCCACGCCAAGCAUCUGGCCACCGGUGGCGAGUUUGUCACGCAUAUCAAGAUGCUCCUGUUUAUGGUAGGCGUGCCUUUUCUCAAGGAUGUGAAAGAAUCGUUGUUCCCUGAAGCUGGGAAUAUCUAUUCAUAACGUUUUUUCUGUGAUUUUUUGACUUUCCUAUUUGAUCUUUACCCAGCAGACUCCAUAUGUUUGGAUUGCAUGAGUUAAUUUCCUAUUUGAACUUCUACUCCAUACGUUUGGAUUAUACGUAAUUGCGUCUUCGAAUCGGUGGCUCGAUCUUAUGAUGAGCGGGAUGCAAUUUAAGCCCUGUUUCGAUCCAUAGGACUAAUUGUUACCUGACUAAUUUUAGUCCUUGGAGGAUCCAAACAGAUGAACUAACAGGAAGACUAAUUGUUAGUUCAGGGAGAGACUAAGGCCCUGUUUGGAUCCGUAGGACUAACUAUUAGCUCACUAAUUUCACUUCUUGAAGGAUUCAAACAGACAGACUAAUAGGAGGACCAAAUGUUUUCCUGUUAAUCAGAAGAACUCAAUUACUAGGGACUAAUUAACUUGUCGAACAAAACGCGAAAAGACCACUUUAUCCCUUAUCUUUUUUCCAAAUAUACUCGGACUAACAAUUAGUGAAAACAUAUUUUUCAUGGCUGUAUGGACUAACAAUUAGCCGUAGUGGAUCCAAAUAGGGCCUAAUUGUUUUGCUGCUAGUCAAGAGAACCCAACUAAUAGGGACUAAUUUCUCGAACAUGAAAAGACCACCCUACCCCUUAUAUAAUUAUCUAUUUUCAAUGAUUUUUUCUCUGUGAUUUUUUGACUUUCCUAUUUGAUCUUUACCCAGCAGACUCCAUAUGUUUGGAUUGCAUGAGUUAAUUUCCUAUUUGAACUUCUACUCCAUAUGUUUGGACUGUACGUAAUUGUGUCUUCGAAUCGGUGGCUCGAUCUUAUGAUGAGCGAGAUGCAAUGUAAGCCCUGUUUCGAUCCAUAGGACUAAUUGUUGCCUAACUAAUUUUAGUCCUUGGAGGAUUAAAACAGAUGAACUAAUAGGAAUACUAAUUGUUAGUCAAGGGAGAGACUAAGGCUCUGUUUGGAUCCAUAGGACUAACUGUUAGCUCACUAAUUUCACUUCUUGAGGAUCCAAACAGACGGACUAAUAGGAGGACUAAAUGUUUUCCGGUUAGUCAGAAGAACUAAACUACUCCCUCCGUUUCAGUUUACUAGUCCUGCGCGUAUACCUAGGUUGCCAAUUUCAUCACCGUAAUAUAAACUAUACAACACAAAAAUUAUACCGUUUGAAAAUAGAACAUCUAAAGUUUAUAAUGGUUUGUUUUUUUAAUAUAUGACUUCUAUUAGGUUGGUCAAGUUGACGACCUAGAGGUAUGCACACGCCUUGUAAACCGAGAGAGAGGAAGUACUAGGGACUAAUUAACGCCUCGAACAAAUCAUGAAAAGACCACUUUAUCCCUUAUCUUUUUCCGAAUAUACUUGGGCUAACAAUUAGUCAGGAUCCAAACAUACUCGGACUAACAAUUAGUCAAAACAUGUUUUUCAUGGCUGUAUGAACUAAGAAUUAGCCCUAGUGGAUCCAAAUAGAACCCAAGUAAUAGGAACUAAUUUCUUCAACAAAACAUGAAAAGACCACCCUACCCCUUAUCUAUUUUCAAAUAUACCCAGACUAACAAUUAGUCAUGAUCCAAACAUACUCCGACUAACAAUUAGUAAGUAGCAAAAUGGGUUUUUCGUGGCUGUCUCGACUAACAAUUAGUCCAUGUUCCAAACAGACAUAGGACUAGCUAACUGUUAGUUGACUAACUAUUACUCUCUCUGUCCAGGUGUAUAAGGCGCCUAAGAGAAUCCUAAAAUUCCAAAAGUGUUAGACGUAAUUCAAUUAAAUGCUCCUCGUUUAUCUAAACCGUCUCGUUUUUUUCCGUUCGCUCUACGUGGACACGCUCCUUCUCCUAAUCUCCCACCCGUCCACUUCCUACUCCCUCUGUCCAGGUGCAUAGGGCGCCUAAGAGAAUCCUAAAAUUCCAAAAGUGUUAGACGUAAUUCAAUUAAAUGCUCCUCGUUUAUCUAAACCGUCUCGUUUUUUUUUCCGUUCGCUCUACGCGGACAUGCUCCUUCUCCUAAUCUCCCACCCGUCCACUUUCUAGUAAUCUCAUGUGUGAAAGCAAACAGCAUGCAUGGUGCUUUUGUGAGAGAAGGAAAGAGCCAAGGGCACGGUAGCUAGGCGCUAAUUAGACGAGUGAAUUCUACUGGUGGGCCGUGCGACGUGGGAUAUUUCUUUUGUAUGGGUUAGCCGAAACGGCCAGCAUUAAUAACAGUAUUAAUUUCCAAAUUCAGUCUCGAUUUUGAGGGAAACCUGGAUGCGCUCUCGUCCAAUCUUAACCCACCUAAAUCACAGAGCUUUUUCUUAGGCGCCCUAUGCACCUGGACGGAGGAAGUAUCAAUAAUCAGAAUUAUCGUGGGACUCAUAACUUGGCAUGGUGAAACCAAAGACCCUAUUGAAUGGGAGAGCAAGUAAUCUCCAGCCUGCCACACCGAACAUGAUGUACCCUCGCGUGCUGAACCGAUGUAGAAAACCUCACUCUGGUGCAUAUGAAAUGGUUUCAGAAAGAGCAGGCUGGCGAGAAUGAACCUGAGAACAUUGACCCUGAUGUCGCUGCUGUGAUGGGUUUCAGAGGGCGUGUGGCGGCUAAUGGUGUAUGGUUGUUUGCUAGUUGCUAUGUGCACAUUGAUAUCAAGAUAGCGCCAGACAAAAUUCCGUGAUGCUAAGCUGCAGGGGUGGGGAUUUAAAAAAAAUGUUUGUAACAGAAGGAAGCUUACUAUUGGAACGGCCAGACUCUACUGAACAAUGACCUUGUUUUAAAUUGGUGAUCCUCUGAGAAACAUUUCAUCUUCGAGAAAUAUGAUAACUAUUGGUUUUGUGUUGCCUCAGCUGCAAGAAAAAGAUUGACCGUGAAAGUACUCUGUUUCAAGAAUCUUCUCUUGCUAGUUUUUCCAUCUGAUUUUUGUAAAAAAAGACUUUGCUUCAGUGUAACAUGUGCAGCUUACGUAAUUCUGAGAUGCAGGCCAUUCAGCGAAGGAUAUGUUUGAAGGAGUGGUAUUUUUCUUCCCAAAAUCAACAUUCGUAUUUUGUACUUCUCUGCUAGAACAUGGCAACUUAGUGUUCACAGGGGAUACAGUUGAAGGUGACUGGUAAUGCCGGGUGGCUGUACUAAUCGCUAUCAUUGCUUUGCUUUGCCCCGCAGCGAGCGAUGGGUGUCUACAGGAACGAGUUGAGGAGGGAGAAGUUACUGGUUGGAAGAUAAGGCGGUGCGUGGACUUCAUCCGCAGCCGGCGCCACCAUGCGUGUCUCCAUUCCCAAGUGCACGUACGAAAGAGACAAUCGAUCCUAGCGAGUGCAUGUACAAAGGCAGUCGUGCUACAUGUUCAUCUUGUCGGCCCCUUCACGUUUAUUUCGUCUGGAUUUGUUGAUUUCUCUCCUUUCGGGUGGCAUGCCUAAAUCUUCCCUUCUUUCAUACUGGCUCGUGCCAGGUCCUAAUGGCAGCCAACAGAAAAUUUGGAGCUUGAAUUUCGUGAAAUCAAAUUCAAGUGCAACUACUUGCAUCCAUGAUUUCAAGAAAGAUUGUGUAAAAAGUCAUAUGUGUUCGCCAUUUUCUCAAAUGAUCCUAAUAGAUCUAUAUUGGUUUCUUCUUUUA